AUGUCUUCUGUUUACCAGGUGUUCCCCGUUUUUCACUCUCCCACCCUUACCCCAGCAGAACACCAUGCUGGGGACUGGCUACCUGAUGCCAGGAGGACCGUCCUAAGGGAAGGAAACAAGGUCAAGGAUCCCUCGGUCUAUGCAAUUGAUCUUGCUGCUGAUAGUUUGGUGUGGAGGAUGCUGCCAGGUGGCCUCCUGUGGCUUAUUCUCUCACUCGCCUGCUUCCUGCCCUUCACCAGGUCCCAGACAAAGAUACCACUCGAAACAGUGAAGUCCUGGGCUGAUGCCUUUGGUGGGGACUUAUAUUACAUUGUCACAAAGUAUUCUGGCUCUCUUUUAUUACAAAAGAAGUAUAAAGAUGUGGAACCAACUCUGAAGAUCAAAGAGGUGGAUGGCUUGGAGCUGGUGAAGAAGUUCUCUGAAGAGAUGCAAAGCAUGUUGGGGAGAAAAGUAGAAGCUGUUGAGCGUUUGGUUGAGGCAGCAGAAGAUGCAGAUCUGUAUCACGAGUUCAAUUCCUCAUUGGACAUUAAUUAUUACAAUGCCGUUCUCAUUAACGAAAAGGAUGAUAAAGACAAUUAUGUGGAGCUUGGUGAUGAAUUCAUUCUGGAACCAAAUGAGCAUUUCAAUAACCUGCUGGUGAACACAACAUUAAGUGACAUACAGCUUCCAACUAAUGUUUACAACAAAGACCCUGAUAUUUUGAAUGGAGUUUAUAUGUCUGAAGCACUGAAUGCUGUUUUCGUGGACAAUUUUGAAAGAGAUCCAACUCUCACUUGGCAAUACUUUGGCAGCUCUACAGGAUUCUUCAGACUCUAUCCAGGAAUAAAAUGGACACCAGAUGAAAAUGGGGUCCUCUCCUUUGACUGCCGAAAUCGAGGCUGGUACAUCCAGGCUGCUACAUCACCCAAAGAUAUUGUCAUUGUGGUGGACAUCAGUGGGAGCAUGAAGGGUCUGCUCCUGUCUAUUGCCAAACACACCAUUGUCACAAUUUUGGACACGCUGGGAGAGAAUGACUUUGUUAAUAUUAUUGCCUACAAUGAUUAUGUUCAUUAUGUUGAAUCCUGUUUCAAGGGAAUCCUGGUUCAAGCAGACAGAGAUAACAGAGAGCACUUCAAGCAGCUGGUGGAUGAGUUGCAAGCAAAAGGAGUUGGGACAGUGAAUAAAGCCCUGACAGAAUCCUUCAGAAUCCUGAGGGAGUUCAGAAGUGCUGGUCAAGGAGGUCUUUGUAACCAAGCCAUCAUGCUGAUCACUGAUGGAGCUAUGGAAGAUUAUGAAUAUGUCUUUGAAAAGUUCAACUGGCCUGAUCGUAAGGUACGGGUUUUUACAUAUCUAAUCGGGAGGGAAGUCAGCUUUGCACAGAAUGUGAAAUGGAUAGCAUGUAACAACAAAGGGUACUACACACAGAUAUCAACUUUGGCUGACGUCCAGGAGAAUGUAAUGGAAUACUUGCAUGUACUCAGUCGACCAAUGGUUAUCAACCACGAUCAUGACAUCAUAUGGACUGAAGCCUACAUGGACAGUGCGCUCUUUGCAUCUCAAGCCCAAAGCCUCUUGCUCAUGACAACGGUGGCUAUGCCAGUUUUCAGCAAGAAGAAUGAAACGAGAUCUCAUGGCAUUCUCCUGGGUGUGGUAGGCUCAGAUGUUCCUUUGAGAGAACUCCUUAAACUGGCUCCACGAUACAAGCUGGGUGUCCAUGGAUACGCCUUUCUGAACACGAACAAUGGCUACAUUUUGUCUCACCCGGACCUCCGGCCAUUAUAUAAAGAAGGGAAGAAGCUAAAGCCCAAACCAAACUACAACAGUGUUGAUCUUUCUGAGGUGGAAUGGGAAGACGUGGAUGAAACUCUACGAACAGCAAUGAUCAAUGGGGAAACAGGUGACCUCUCAAUGGAUGUGAAGGUGCCUGUAGAUAAAGGGAAACGGGUUCUCUUCCUCACUAAUGACUAUUUCUUUACUGAUAUCAGCGGCACACCCUUUAGUCUGGGAGUCGUUCUAUCACGAGGGCACGGUGAAUACAUCCUGCUUGGGGACACUUCAGUGGAAGAAGGUUUACAUGAUCUGCUGCAGCCAGACUUGACUUUAGCCAAUGAGUGGAUUUAUUGCAUUACAGAUAUUGAUCCAGAUCACAGGAAGCUGAGUCAGUUAGAGGCCGUGGUCCGUUUCCUCACAGGAGCAGAAGCUGACCUGGAAUGCGAUGAAGAAUUAGUUCAAGAGGUGCUGUUUGAUGCUGUAGUAACAGCACCCAUGGAAGCCUACUGGACAACAUUAGCACUCAACCUGUCUGAUGAGGCUGAAGGAGGGGUGGAUAUGGCCUUUAUGGGAACUCGGGCUGGUCUUAUGAGGAGUGCCCUCUAUGUUGGAACUGAGAAAAUUUCUAACAGGAAGUUCUUGACCCGUGAAGAUAAAGAGAGCAUCUUCACCAUGGAUCACUUCCCACUUUGGUACCGCCGAGCAGCUGAACACCCCCCAGGAAGCUUCAUUUAUAGCAUUCCUUUUGAAGACCCUUCAGAAGGAGGUCUGCCUGAGGCGGUAACUGUGAGCACUUCUGUGGCUGUGACUGUAGGUGGGAAGACGGCAAUCGCUGCAGCUGUGGGUGUGCAAAUUAAACUAGAAUUUCUUCAGCGUAAGUUUUGGAUGGCUACACAGCAGCCCAAUGACACUGAUUGCAGUGAUGUGGAUGGUCUGUGUCCCUUGAACUGUCAGGAUGACAAUCUGAACUGCUUUCUCAUUGAUAAUAAUGGAUUCAUACUCGUUUCUAAAGCCUCCAAACAGACCAGCAGAUUUUUGGGAGAAGUGGAUGGCUCUGUUAUGACCCAGCUUAUAAACAUGGGAAUGUUCAAACAGGUGAAAAUGUAUGAUUACCAAGCCAUGUGUAAAAUGCCCCACCACCACCAUAGUGGUGCGCGCCCUCUUCUCAGUCCAGUUUAUGCCUUAUUGGGAGCAGUAAAGUGGCUGAUAACUGACUUCCUCAUAUUCUUUCUGGAGUUCAACAUAUCUGGCUUCUGGCACACAGACAAUUUGGCAGAUGCCAAGUCUGUUUUCCAUCAUGCUCACAAGCACAAGAAGCACGACAUGCUACAGCCAUGUGACACAGAAUACCCAGUGUUUGUAUAUGAACCUGCCAUCAAAGAGACCAAUGGGAUUAUUGAAUGCGGAGACUGUCAGAAGAUGUUUGUGGUGCAGCAAAUUACCAACAGCAAUCUCCUGCUCCUGGUUGUGGAUGCUGUAUGCGACUGCAGCAAGUUUCCACCUGUCCUACUGCAACCUAAAGAAGUCAAAUAUAAUGCAUCAGUGAAAUGUGACAGGAUGCGCUCCCAGAAGCUGAGGCGGCGACCAGAUACCUGCCAUGCAUUCCAUCCCGAGGAAAACGCCCAGGACUGUGGAGGAGCGGCAGAGUUUUCUGCCUCAUUAGCCCUGCUCUUCCUUCCUCUGGGAACCACAGCUCUUCUCUUGCGGUGACAAGGCCCAUCAAAGUCCUUAUUUUGGACCAGAAAGGCAAAUGCUCUAUUUUGAGGACCAUGCUACUUGGGCACUAAAGACAACUGCUGCAUGCCAGAGCAUGUGGACAAUGCCAGAGAGGCUCAGGAACUUCUUUGGCUGCAUCCUCCCAAGGAACUUGCUAGUUGUGUUGUGUUUGGAAG